GCGGCGUUGACAGCCACUGGCCACUGAUCAGCCUACUUUGUCGGGGUUUGUGUCUCCAUGCAAGACUGCUGAAAAAGAAGCUCUAACCCUCGCACUUUCUUUUAUUUGCAAGGCAAGCAUACGCAGCCAAUCGACAAGCCCGGCCACGGCAACAAAAGCACAAGAAGUGAAAAGCCUGUAAGUAUUUUUCCUAGACUCAUCGGUGUCUCACAGCUGCCUGCACAAUGUCUGGAGAGGACGCACCUGCCCAGCAGCAAAACGCCGUGGACCAGAAGCAGGAAACCAAACCGGCGGAGGAGCCCAAAACCGAGCCGCCCAAGACGGAGUCGGCUCCCGCUGGCGCCGCCGAAGCAGCGGCCACCCCCGCGGCGACCACCGAGAAGGUCCCCGAAGAGGAGGCGUUCAGCUACCGCGCUCUGGUGCUCACCGGCUACGGGGGCUAUGAUAAAGUCAAGUUGCAGGUGAAGAAAGGCAAGCCGGCGCUCAAGGCUGGCGAGGUCCUGGUGCGGGUCAAGGCUUGCGGGCUGAACUUCGCCGACUUGAUGGCAAGGCAGGGGCUGUACGACCGGCUGCCGUCCCCGCCGGUAACCCCGGGAAUGGAGUGCUCCGGGGUGGUGGAGGCUGUUGGGGAAGAAGUGACAGACAGAAAAGUCGGUGAUAAGGUGAUGGUGCUGAACCGCUUUGGGCUCUGGCAGGAGGUGGCAGCGGUGCCAGCAAGUCACACCUUCCUUAUCCCAGAGGGCAUGAGCUUCGAGGAGGCAGCUGCCCUUCCUGUCAACUACAUCACCGCCUACAUGAUGCUGUUUGACUUUGGCAACCUUCGGCCCAACCAGAGCGUCCUCAUCCACGCUGCAGCAGGUGGAGUGGGUAUCGCAGCCACCCAGCUUUGCAAGACAGUGAAGGAUGUGACUGUGUUCGGCACGGCGUCGGCCAGCAAGCACGAGACCAUCAGCCAAGGUGGAGUCACGCAUCCCAUCGACUAUCGCACCAAGGACUAUGUGGAGGAAGUCCGCAAGAUCAGCCCGAAAGGGAUGGACAUAAUUCUGGACCCUCUCGGAGGAUCAGACACCCAUAAGGCCUACAACCUGCUGAAACCUAUGGGCAAACUUAUUACCUAUGGUGCGGCCAACAUGCUUGCGGGCCAGAAGAAGAACCUGCUCGCCGUGGCCAAGAACUGGUACCACCAGUUCUCCAUCCAUACGCUCAGCCUGAUCCAGGGGAACAAGUCGGUGUGCGGCUUCCACCUGGGCUACCUGGACGGGGAGACGGAGCUCAUCGCACAGGCCAUGAACACCAUCCUGGACCUCUACAAGCAGGGCAAGGUCAAGCCCCGCAUCGACUCCACUUGGCAUCUUGAGCAGGUGGGCGAUGCCAUGAGGAAGAUGCAAGAGAGGAACAACAUCGGCAAAGUGAUCCUCUCCACAGAGCCAAUGCCUGAGGAGGAGAAGAAAGAGGAGCCCAAGAAGGAGGACAAGAAAGAGGACAAGAAGAAGGAGGACAAGAAGAAGGAUGACAAGAAGAAGGACGAUGGCAAGAAGGAAGAGAAGAAGGACGACAAGAAGAAAGAAGAGCCCAAGAAGGAGGAGAAGAAGGAGGAAGAGAAGAAGGAAGAGGCCAAGAAGGAGGAGAAGUGAGAGGGAGGGAGGGAUAGUCAAGCAGACCAGCAGGGAGUUUGUG